GGAAACUGCAUUGGACGAGGACAAUUUGGUGCCGUUUACAGGGCACUGAACUUGGUAACAGGCCAGAUGGUGGCGGUGAAGCGGAUCAAAAUCGGUGGGCUCAAGGACGAUGAAAGAGACAUGUUGAUGCAGGAAGUCGACCUUCUAAAGUCCCUUGCACACCCUUCAAUUGUCAAGUACGAGGGUUUCAUCAAGACGGAGGGCUUUUUGAACAUUGUCCUGGAGUUUGUCGAGAACGGAUCGCUUUUAACUACGUUAAAGUCGUUCGGUGCCUUUCCUGAGAAACUCGUGGUGGCAUAUGUGGUCAAGAUCCUUGAGGGACUGGUAUACCUUCAUGGAAAGCAGGUGGUCCACUGCGACUUGAAGGCAGCGAACAUUCUGACGACCAAGAAUGGGAACGUCAAACUCUCCGAUUUCGGUGUCUCUUUGAAUCUUAAAGUGAAGGAGUCCGACUUUGGAGCAGUGGCAGGAACACCCAAUUGGAUGGCACCGGAGGUCAUCGAACUAAAGGGCGCGUCGCCGGCCAGUGACGUUUGGUCCCUAGGAUGUACGAUCAUUGAGAUGCUGACAGGACGCCCGCCAUAUGCCGACCUACUCGCUAUGACCACCCUAUUUCGUAUUGUCGAAGAUGAGAGGCCGCCUCUGCCAAAUAACGUGUCAAUGGAUCUUUUGGAUUUCCUGUGCCAAUGUUUUCAAAAGGAUCCGGCCCUGCGGCCCAGCGCAGGCGCUCUGGGUCGUCAUGUAUGGAUCAAGCGCAACUUUGCAUCCAGGGUAAGGAGCCGCAAGAAUUUUGCGCUCAAAAUUUGCGCGCGUUAUACAACCCGACAGCUUCAUACGAUUAUAUCCUAA